AUGCCGUCAGUCUCAACGUCCUCCACUCGGUAUCCGUACGAGAUUGUCUUGCCGAUUGAAGACACCGAAGGAGUCAUGCUCGAGACUCUGGCUCAGCAUCAUGUCGAAGUGCUGCAGCCCGUCAUUCCCCAGUCCCUUCGCAUUUCUGACGAGGAUGGAGUUGCGUUUCCAGUCAUCUGUUUGCAUCUCAAGAAAGACCUCUUGAGGGAUCGCGACAUCCAUCUGAAUGCCAGAGAGGAAAGAGCGUCAGAUCCUGAGUUCGUUAAAAGUGUGGAAGUUAUCCAUGCCAAGUAUGUCAUCGGAUGCGACGGUGCGUGGUCAUGGGUGCGCAGGCAAUGCAGUAUUCCGAUGGAGAUCAAUACUCCUGGUUUAACAUAUGGUGUGCUCGAUUUCACGCCAGUUACGAACUUCCCUACUCCUCGAGCGAAGAGCAUCAUUCAGUCCCCGCUCGUUGGGGCCAUUGGGUACAUUCCUCGCCCCAAAAACACCGCUCGUGUCUACACUCUUUUGAAAAGGGUCGGAGAGUAUGAAAGCGACGUAGCUCAGGUCAUGAAGUCAGAAAUUCCAGAGAUCAUCUGGAAAGGUUUCCUCCCCUACGACAUGAAAGUCACGAAUCCCACAUGGGGUUCGACCUUCUCCGUCGUUCAACGUGUCGCUGCGAGAUUUUCGCACAAACGCCACGUAAUCAUAGUUGGGGACGCUUGUCACACGCACUCUCCCAAUCCUGGCCAAGGCGCAAACAUAUCCAUGCUUGACGCCCAUAACCUUGCCUGGAAGAUUGCACUCGUGCUUGGCGGACGGUGCAAACCGUCGCUGCUGGACACGUACGAAGAGGAACGUCGUCCGUGGAGCAUCGAGCUUAUCGAGUUCGACCAGCAAGUCGAGAAGCUGUUCGGCUCCGAAGGGCUGUCGCCGGCGGAGUACGCAAGUAUCAUGGAGCGUCGCAACAUGUUCACAACAGGCAUCGGUGUGGAGUACAAAUCCAGACUGACAGUACCCGGGUUCCAAGAUAUUGCCCCAAGCCUGAAGAUCGGCCAACGAGUCCCUCCCGUGGAUGUGCUCCGCUACAGCGACUGGCAUUCCUUCAACCUGCUGGACCUUCUACCAUACAGCGCUCACUUCAGCAUCUUCAUCUUCCCGGGGGACGUCACGCAGGCGCCCGUCCAAGAGCGCUUCCUCGCAUUCAUUGCAGGUCUGGAAGAGACGCUCAAGCGCGGUGACGGCAGGAUGGUAGAGGUGUCUGCGGUUCUGAAAGUCGGGAAGGAAGCGUGGCUUGAAGAUAUGUUGGGGAGGUGCGCGCUGCUCGAUACACGCGUUUACAUAGACGACGGGAUCAUGGCGAAGUCACGUCAAGGCGAGGUAUAUGAGUCUCUGGGCAUAUCUCCGGCCACGGGCUCAGCGGCUUUGGUGCGGCCGGACGGGCAUAUGUCGAUGCUCUUGCCAGUUGACAGGGGUGAGGUCCACAAAGUCGGUGAUUUUCUGGCUUCGUUAUGA